AUGGCUGAGCGCCUCAGCCCUCGAAGCUCCGAGGUGAAUGCCUUGGAACAACGAGGCUACCUCAUCGGCAAGAAAGUCGGACAGGGAUCUUAUGCCACCGUUCACCUGGCUGAAUACUGCGAUGCGUCCAGCCCUAAACGCAUGCACCUUGCGUGCAAGAUCUUCGACAAGGAAAAAGCGCCUCGAGAUUUUUUAGAAAAGUUUUUCCCUCGCGAACUCGAUAUACUGACCAAGAUUGAAAACCCGCAUAUCAUCCAAGUACACAGUAUCUUGCAGCGCGGUCCGAGAGUGUUCAUCUUCAUGAGAUAUGCUGAUAACGGAGAUUUACUGGACUUUAUCAAACGCAAUGGAGCCGUGCCGGAAAAUCAAGCGAAGCUGUGGUUUCGACAGAUGGCCAGUGGUUUGCAAUAUCUCCACAGCAAAAAUAUCGCUCAUCGUGAUUUGAAAUGUGAGAAUAUUCUGCUUUCAAGGCGAUUCAAUGUGAAGCUGGCUGAUUUUGGGUUCGCGAGAUUUUGCACGGAUGGUGAAAAUCGGCGCGUGCUGAGUCAGACGUACUGCGGGUCCGCCGCCUACGCAGCCCCCGAGGUGGUGAGCGGCACACCCUACAAUCCCAAGCUGGCAGACGUUUGGUCUCUGGGCAUCAUAUUGUUCAUCAUGCUGAAUGCGUCGAUGCCGUUCGACGAUUCGAACCUGCGCAAGUUGCUGAAAGACCAAAUGUCGCGCAGCUGGGUGUUCCGUUCGAGGAUCCGCGACACGGUGUCGGCGGCGGCUAAGUCGAUCGUGCGGCACAUCCUGGAGCCGGACAUCACGCUGCGGCUGACGCUGGACCGCGUGCUGUCGCACGAAUGGACGCGGCCGCGCAAGGACAAGAGCGCUAGCUUGAUGGGGCGGCUGGUGCAAUCGGCGCCGUCGGCCCCGCACGCGGGCGGCAAGCGCGAGCACGACGAGGCAGGCCCGUCGGCCGGCGCGCGCGUGUCCGGCGACCACCGCGACACGGAGCGCGAGCGCCACGACGACAUCAACAUGCGCGCACACGACUGA